AAAAGGUUAAUGAAAUAUUUGUUACCAGAAACAAAUCUUCCAAUUAUCUAUUAUAGGAUAUUAUAGUGGUUCCAAUAUAAUAGAGGUCUGUGUGUGCUGAUUUCUUUUUGGAAGCCAGUCUACUUAGCCAAGAAGAACGCUAAAUAUAGACCGAAAGGGACAGUCUGUUUCAUAGCUGCAUUCAUGCAGGAGCUGACAGGUUCUCAUGGGUCUAAAAGUAGAGAAAGAGCAGCACACAUUUUCUUCUGGUGAUUGUUACUGGCUGAUAUCUUCCAUACUGGCAAAUUAGCUCAGCGUGGUUAUGUUAUAUAAUGGAGAGGCCUUCUUUGGAAAUUAACCUGCCCAAUACUCCUGAAGAGGGAAAACUUUAUGUAGUUGAUUCCUUAAAUAACCUAAACAAACUAAACGUUUGUCCAGAUGAAUCCCAACAUGUGCUAGAUGAAGAAGAUGAGAACACUGGUGGUACUGGAGAACACAUGGCAUGGAGCAACAUAAGAAACCAAUGUUUGUUCUUCGUCACCUUGAUUCUUUCUUUGAUUGUCAGUUUGGCACUUGUUUCAUUUGUAAUAUUCUUAAUAAUUCAAACCAGGAAUAAGAUGGACCAACUAUCAAGCAGACUAGUAUCUGAAAAGAAAAACAUAGAAGAGCUUAAGAAAAUGAACAAUAUGAUAUUAAAGUUUCUAAAUCAAUCAGGAAUUAAGGAAAAGGAGAGCGACUUCUUCACACCAACUCCUGAUCUUCAUGAGUACUUAUUCACUCAUGCUGAGCUGAAAAUCCCUGGAGAAUAGAUCUUCUUCGGAAUGAAAUUCAGUAUCACUAUUUUCAUGCACUCAAAUAUUUGUACACAUGACACAGAGGUUGCUUAAACAUUCUGAUGUGUUUACAGGAACACUAGAAAAGACUAGAAAGAAUGAAAAAAUAUUAGAAAAUUAUAUUUGAUCCUGUUUUAUGUGAACAUAGAUUAUCAAAACUAAGCCUACAUCAUUUACACUGAGCAGUGGAUUGACAAAAAAUUUUCAGAAGUGUUCCAGAUUCCCUGUAUAUCAUAAAUUGCAGGGCUAGGGACUUAGUUUUACUUUAAAUAUAAGUGAAUGAUCACAUAAAAUAGUGAUUUUUUUAUUCAAAUGAUUCCAGCAAGUCUUUAUUCACUUAAUCAUUUUCCUGUGUCUCAGGAACAAUUGUGUUUGCUUGUUUAUUAUCUGUAUUUGAGAGUAACUGAGAAUUCCAUAACUUACUAAUAAAUAAAUCCCAUUCUGCAAUGGA